AUGAAAUUCAUUACCACUAUUGCCACCAUUGCCCUGGCCUUCGCCGGAUCUGCAAGCGCCGCCACAUGCACCCCUGGCGUUGAUUACUGCUCCAAAACCUUGCAAGAUAUUGACUCGAACAACGAAGGCGCGAUCAAAAGCGCCCUGACAAUCGACGGCGAGCCUAUUCUCGCCAAUAUCCCGGCCGUUUGGCAUCAAUACAUUUUCCAUUGUAAUAGCGACAAGUCGCUUACCUUAGCAGGCGGUUGCGCUGGGGGAUGUGAAAUUACCGGACAGGGCAAAAAUGAUAUCUGCCACAAAUAUAAGGAGGGUGAGGAGGAUUGA